UGCUCUAUGCAGUCGUUUAUUCUUGCUGAUACGAUACUCCUUUUUCUAGGUGUGAGAAAAAAUAAACAGUAUGUAUUUAUCUAUAAUAUCUGGCGGUAUUAUUACGUGUCUUGAUCCAUAAAAUGGCGGUAUUAUUACUUGGUUUUUGGCGGUAUUCUGAAAAAAACUAAAUACAUAUAAGCGAAACGAAAUCGCAAGAGAUUUUUUUCUCAAAACAAAAACAAUCUUGUAUUAACCAUGAUUACUCUGCGGAACCUCAAGCCUAAUGCUGUCUCUGCUGCUGCUAUUCAGUUGAAAUCCUCCCUUAUACCCAAGCAGUUCAAAGCAAUUCCUUCUGUCUGUCUUUCUAGAAAAUUUUCUCUCCUUACUGAGGCUCAAAGUAAUGAUCUGAGUCACCAAAUGUUUAGCGUUGGUGUUCAGAACGGAUUCUUGCCUCGCCAAGACCCUUUGGCUGAACUUCCCAGUGAAUUUGAUCGUCUUGAGUCGCUCUUGCAACGCAUGCCUUUGCAACUCUUGGAUGGAACUCCUGGUCUUUUGGCAAGCGGUCAAUUUGGUGAUGCUGUUCGUGAUGAAUUGCCUCUUUAUGAUGUUGACAAUAUCACUGAUCAACGUCUUUUAUCAGCCCUCUUCCGUGAUUAUACUUUUGCUGCCUCUGCUUACUUGCUUGAACCUUGCGAUAUUUUGUAUCGCUCUCGAAGUGACUAUGGUCUUGGUAGAAAAGUCUUGCCUAUGAACAUUGCUGUUCCCUUGCACAAAGUGUCCAAGAAGAUACAUAGUCAACCCUUUAUGGAAUAUGCCUUGAGUUAUGCUCUUUAUAACUACAAGAAAAUUAAUCCUUUAGGUGGCCUCACUUAUGAUAACUUAGCUUUGAUCCGUGCCUUUGCUGGUAGUGAAUCAGAAAAAGGCUUUGUGUUGAAUCAUGUUACCAUGGUGUCCUACUCGCCAAGACUUGUUAGUUAUGCUGUGGGCGCUCUUGAUGCUGUUGAAAAGAACGACAGAGCCAAGUUCAACAUGCAAAUGGCUGGUCUUAAUGAAACAUAUGAAUCCAUCAACAAGGAAAUGGAGAUGAUGUGGUCUCGUAGUAUGCCUGAAGACUACAUCAAGUUCAGAACGUUUAUCAUGGGAACAAAAAACCAGCCCAUGUUCCCUGAUGGUGUUAUUUAUGAAGGCAUCAGUGAUGUCCCUGUUGUUCAUCGUGGCGAGUCAGGUGCUAAUGAUUCCAUGGUUCCUCUGGGAGAUAACUUACUUCAAAUCACUGAACUCAUGCCAGAAAACCCACUUACUACUGUCUUGCGUGACUUUAGAUCUUACCGUCCUACCAACCAUCGUGAAUUCUUGGAAUAUGUUCAAGACAAGGCCAAGAAAGUUGAGUUGAAGGAAUUUGCUCUACAAGAUCCUAAUUCUGCCGCUAUUUAUCUGUCUAACAUUGAUCAAAUUCGCGCUUUCCGUCAUAGACAUUGGAAUUUUACAAAAGAGUACAUUAUCAAGCAUACAGCUCAUCCUGUAGCUACCGGUGGCUCUCCUAUUGUUACAUGGUUGCCUAACCAACUUGGAACAGUUUUGGACUUGUUGAACAACGUUAGUGAUCAAAUCAACAAGUCUCAGCUGACUGAAAGCAACUUGAUUCGUGUAGAAGAAAUUACUAAACGUGCUCAAGCUCAAAAGAGAUUCCUCAAUAGAGAAGUGGUCAACCUCAAGACACGAUUCAAGAACCAAGACCGCACCUAAUCUCCAAUCAUGUUUAUUCUUAAAUAAAUUCUCAAUCUUUUUUAGUCUUCAAAAAAAAGCUUAUCUUAUGCCAAAUUUGUCUAGUGAUUCUCGACUCUUCUCUUUCUUUCUUUCAGCGACCAAUAACUUCAUGAACCUAAUAUCAGCCUCAACUUGAAAGUUUAAACGUGCUAGAGCCACUAAGAGUGCUUGGUGUUUCUUGGAGCAGAGUUAUUUGUUACACAUCAUUGUAACAGAAAAUUGGGAUACAACUUCAUCUUGUUCAUACAAAAAAAAAAAAGAGAGCUGAACACAGAUAUCAUUUUUAAUGGGAAAAAUGACGUCUAAAAUUUUUGCCUUGUUUUAUCACAAAAAGUAUUUGUUUCCUAAAAAAAAGAAACUUAAACUCGUAAUGCAGCUGCUUUAGUAAAAG